CAUAAGGGAUCUAGAUGCAAGGUAGAUCCAUUUACAAGUGGUUAGAUUAUUUCUUUACAGAGUGCCUAAUUUUCUUAAACAAAAUAUAUUUUCCAGUAUGACCUACUGGAUGUAUUUUCUGUACUGACAGCUUAUUCAAUCCACAGUGUGCUGCCUGAAUGCCUUUGAAGGAAGGAAAAGUCUAAUUUCAGAGUCACUAUGUGGAAAAAACAUUCUUUCUUUUGCUUUUUACUUCUGGCUGUGUUCAUGAACCAGAUGGUAUAUGGGCAAAAUAGAAAGAAAGGAAAGAAUGCUUAUUCUCUUGUGCAAAAAGAUGAAGGUGAUAUGUGUCUCAUUGAUAUAGUCUUUAUUUUGGACAGUUCAGAAAGUGCCAAAAAUCAAUUGUUUGGUUUACAGAAAGAAUUUGUUCAAAACUUAACUGACAACAUUUUCCAGAUGAAGCUAGUUAAAUCUCAGAAAUAUAAUGUCAAGCUCGCAGGUAUGCAAUUCAGCAGCAUAGUCAGCAUUGAUCAUCCCUUUACAGCUUGGAAGAAUGUGCCGAAUUUUAAAGAGAAAAUCAGGGCUUUGGUCUUCAUUGGCCAGGGCACCUACUCCUAUUAUGCAAUUUCCAAUGCCACUCAACUCUUCAAAACUGAAAGUCGUAGGAGAAGUGUGAAAGUGGCCUUUUUGAUGACUGAUGGUGUGGAUCAUCCAAACAGUCCUAAUAUCCAGGGCAUAGCCACAGCAGCCAGGAGUCUUGGAAUACACUUUUUUACCAUUGGCCUUUCUAAGAAAAAUGUCCAAGAAGAAAAGUUGCGUUUGAUAUCUGGUGAUUCAUCUUCUAAAUAUAUCUUAUGCCUGGAUGAUCAGAACCUGAUAGUUGAAGUAGCUUUGGAACUGGAAGCCUUACUUCAGAAGCAGUGUAUGCGGAAGAACUGUGAGUGUGAAAAGGGAGUAAAAGGAGACAAGGGUGAUUCUGGCAGUACUGGUAGCAGAGGGGAGAAAGGUGAACCAGGACCGAAAGGAAACAAGGGUGAUAGUCAAAAAGGAGAUCAGGGAGAAAAAGGUGAAGAGGGAGCUCCUGGUUAUAGGGGAGAAAAGGGUGAAAGAGGAGAAUGUGGAUCCCCAGGAAUAAAGGGGGAAAGAGGUUUGGAAGGUCCUUUUGGGCCCAGGGGACCUCGGGGACCUCAGACCUACUUCUUUCUUGCUGUUGUAUCAGCUACCAUAUUGAUGACAGGGUGCCCUCAUAUGCCACCACUCCAGAGCCCAAAAGGUAUUCAAGGAAGCAAGGGAGAGCAGGGUCCUAUAGGUCCCUAUGGUCCUCCAGGACUCCCUGGCAUUGGACAUCCAGGUCCCAAGGGGGCUCAAGGCCAAGAAGGAAAAAUUGGAUUCCCAGGACCCCCGGGAAUUGGUGAGCCAGGAUUACCAGGACCACCUGGCCCUGAUGGUCCGCCAGGUGAGAAAGGGCUACCAGGAGAGGGCAUUCAAGGCCAGAAGGGUGAAAAAGGCUCUGAAGGUGUUGCUGGUCCACCUGGGCUGCCAGGGCAACCAAUCAAAGGUGAUAAGGGUGAACAAGGCCAAGUGGGACCACAGGGCCCAGCAGGACCACCUGGAAUAGGCAAUCCAGGAAGCCAGGGUAUACAGGGUCCACAAGGAAACCCUGGGGCAAAAGGAUCUAAAGGUUUUGGUCUGCCAGGUCCAAAGGGUCAACCAGGUGAGCCUGGACAAAAAGGAGAACCAGGACUUCCAGGAAUUGGAGUACGAGGAUUUAAGGGAGAUAUAGGCCUAUCAGGACUCCCAGGAGAGAAAGGGGUGCAGGGAGACCCUGGGAAGGCAGGGAAAAAGGGAGAAAAGGGAGAUCAAGGUCCAAGAGGCCCAGAAGGACCCCCUGGCAAAGGAGAUGUAGGCCAAAAGGGUGACCCAGGAGAAAAAGGAUCCCAAGGACUGAUUGGUAAUACAGGAGCACAAGGCCCAGCAGGACCAAAAGGUGAACCUGGAGAAAGAGGGCCACCUGGUGUCACUGGAUCAUCUGUUCAGGGGCCUGCUGGACCAAAGGGGGAGCCAGGACCCCAGGGGCCACCAGGAGAUGAUGGACUUCCUGGAAAUUCAAUAAUGGGACCAAUGGGUAAUCAGGGGCUGCCUGGACUACCUGGACCACGUGGAGCAAAAGGAGAUGGCCACAAAGGUGAAGCUGGACCUCCAGGACCAACAGGGCCUCCAGGACCAGCAGGCCCAAGAGGUGUGGGAGACCCUGGACCAAAGGGAGAUCGUGGCGUGAAAGGCUAUCCAGGACCCCCGGGGCCUAGGGGAAGUGGAAUGGUUGGUCCCAAGGGUAUUAUGGGACGGAAAGGCUUGCCAGGUCCACCUGGCCCCCCAGGGGACAGCAUACAAGGAAGCAAGGGAGAAAAAGGAAAUCAAGGUUUUCCUGGGCCAAAGGGUUCAAUAGGCAUUGGCUUUCCUGGACCAAAGGGAGAUUAUGGAGAUAAAGGUGAUCCAGGGAACAAAGGUGCCAAAGGAGAGAUUGGAGACCCAGGACCUCCAGGACCAAAAGGAAUUUGGGGAAGAAAAGGUGAACCUGGUCUUUCGAGAGAAGAAAUUAUCAGACUCAUCAAUGAAAUAUGUGGUUGUGGUGUCAGAUGUAUAGUAACACCACUGGAACUACUAUUUGUCAUUGACAGUUCAGAAAGCGUUGGUCCAGAUAACUUCAAUAUCGUAAAAACUUUUAUGAAAGCAAUCAUUGACAAAGUAUCAGCCAACCACGCUACAACACGUAUUGGCAUCAUCAACUUCAGCCAUAAAGUUGAGUUAGUAUCGUCUCUGAAGCAAUACACAACCAAAGAACACCUAAAAUCUGCGGUUGAUAAGAUGCCUUACCUAGGAGAAGGCACCUACACAGCUUCUGCUAUCGAAGAAGCCGUUAAGUUAUUUGAGGCAGCACGUCCGGCAGUAAGAAAAGUGGCUGUUGUAAUAACAGAUGGACAAGCAGACACUCGGGACAAAGUACAACUGGAUACUGUAGUAAGGAAGGCCCAUGCCUCCAACAUUGAGAUAUUUGUAAUUGGGAUUGUUCAGAGGGCUGAUCUUCACUAUGAUGAUUUUCUGAAAGAAAUGCAGCUCAUUGCAACUGACCCUGACGCAGAACAUGUUUACCAGAUAGAUGACUUCAUGACUCUUUCAGCUCUUGAAAAUAAACUCAUCACAAAAAUCUGUGAGAAUGAGUCUGAACUCCACACCAGAAAAGUUGAUGUUUUAUCUCCAUCUCCAAGUCCUGGAUUUGAAAUAUCUGGUGAAGUUACUGAUGGUCAAUUACCUACAAUUACUAUUUCAGAGACUUAUGUGCCCCCUACAGAAGGAAUCACUUACUCACUUAAUCCACCGAGGACCCAAUAUACCAAGCCAUUGUCAUAUGCUCAGGAUCAUACCGUGACCAACUCUGCUCAUAGAGAGUCAAGAAUUCCUCCGCUUUACAACACUGCUGAAAUCAGACCUCAGAGUCCAGUAGUCAAUCCUCUGUUCAACGUAACUGCAGCUGAAGAUCACCAGCUAACAGUGUUGCAAGCACGAGUAGUAACAACUCAAAAAGAUUCAGAUCCAAAGUGUUUGGAACCUAUGAAACCAGGGGAUUGCCGAGACUAUGUGGUGAAAUGGUAUUAUGACAAGAAUGGCAAUUCUUGUGCCCAGUUCUGGUACGGAGGUUGUAAUGGCACCAACAAUAGAUUUGAAACGGAAGAAGAGUGUCGAGAAACCUGCAUUGAUAUAUGAACAAAAAUGACUGCUAUUUGGAGUUUUUAAAGCUGGACGUUUGCAUGUAUUGAGGAAGGAAUGAUUGAGAAGAAUCCAAAAUGAUAUGUUAACAUGGAUAUGCUACCAUCACAUCACUCUACCUUCCCCGCUACGGUAUUCACAUUAACUAGAUUCCUGUAUAGCAUGUUAUCUAAACAACAUAGCAAUAACUAUCACACAUACACACACAUGAGAACAUACCUUUUCCCUCCAUGUUUAUAAUAAGUUGGUACCACAUGUGGCAACGAUCAGACUCUAUUUUUAGGACUCAAAUGUCAAAAGUGUUGACACUCAGCAUGUAAUGACAGAGGUCUCUUAUUCUCUUGGAAGAAAAAAAUAUGCUCCAGUUUUAAACAAGAGUAAGUGGUUUCUGAAAUUAGUACUCUUAUUACAGCAUUUUGAGACAUACAUUAAGAUUUUCAUUAAUUAGAGUGCCUCUUUGGAAUGUAAAUGCCACAGCUAUAAGUAAUUAGAGGGUUUUUUUCCCAUGAAAGCACAUUUGGAUUAGCACCAAUAUCACCUUUUCAGUUAUGAGGGCAGGACUUCUGUUCAGAAUUACAUUAAAAUCUAUAGGAUUCUUCAAGUCCUUUAGGCUAGUCAGUACAUUUUGAUUUCUCAGGGCCUCUGUAUUAAAUGAAUAAAAAUGUUAUUUGACUCUAAUAUAUGCUAUUAAAUUAAAAAAGGGAAAAGCACUGAAAGAUGUUUACUUAUAUCCUUUUUACUUUUAGCCAUAACCCCAUAUGAUCGCAUUGUUAAAACUGAAAAUGAUGAGCAUCUGAUUAAAAUGGAAAACAACACUCGAUAAAGACUCCUGCAUUGUUAUUU